CUCUCAGCCUUUCUGAGCACCUUCCCUUCUUUCAGCCAACUGCUCGCUCGCUCGCUCACCUCCCUCCUCGGCACCAUGACCACCUGCAGCCGCCAGUUCACCUCCUCCAGCUCCAUGAAGGGCUCCUGCGGCAUCGGGGGCGGCAUCGGGGGCGGCUCCAGCCGCAUCUCCUCUGUCCUUGCCGGAGGGUCCUGCCGCGCCCCCAGCACCUACGGGGGCGGCCUGUCUGUCUCCUCCUCUCGCUUCUCCUCUGGGGGAGCCUGCGGGCUGGGGGGCGGCUAUGGUGCUGGCUUCAGCAGCAGCAGCAGCUUUGGUAGUGGCUUCGGGGGAGGAUAUGGUGGUGGCCUUGGUGCUGGCUUUGGAGGGGGCUUCGGUGCUGGCUUUGGUGGUGGCUUUGCUGGUGGUGAUGGGCUUCUGGUGGGCAGUGAGAAGGUGACCAUGCAGAACCUCAACGACCGCCUGGCCUCCUACCUGGACAAGGUGCGUGCUCUGGAAGAGGCCAAUGCCGACCUGGAAGUGAAGAUCCGUGACUGGUACCAGAGGCAGCGGCCCAGUGAGAUCAAAGACUACAGUCCCUACUUCAAGACCAUCGAGGACCUGAGGAACAAGAUCAUUGCGGCCACCAUUGAGAAUGCGCAGCCCAUUUUGCAGAUUGACAAUGCCAGGCUGGCAGCCGAUGACUUCAGGACCAAGUAUGAGCACGAACUGGCCCUGGGGCAGACUGUGGAGGCCGACGUCAAUGGCCUGCGCCGGGUGUUGGACGAGCUGACCCUGGCCAGGACUGACCUGGAGAUGCAGAUCGAAGGCCUGAAGGAGGAGCUGGCCUACCUGAGGAAGAACCACGAGGAGGAGAUGCUUGCUCUGCGAGGUCAGACCGGCGGAGAUGUGAACGUGGAGAUGGAUGCCGCACCUGGCGUGGACCUGAGCCGCAUCCUGAAUGAGAUGCGCGACCAGUAUGAGCAGAUGGCAGAGAAGAACCGCAGAGACGCUGAGGCCUGGUUCCUGAGCAAGACCGAGGAGCUGAACAAAGAAGUGGCCUCCAACAGCGAAUUGGUGCAGAGCAGCCGCAGUGAGGUGACGGAGCUCCGGAGGGUGUUCCAGGGCCUGGAGAUUGAGCUGCAGUCCCAGCUCAGCAUGAAAGCAUCCCUGGAGAACAGCCUGGAGGAGACCAAAGGCCGCUACUGCAUGCAGCUGUCCCAGAUCCAGGGACUGAUUGGCAGCGUGGAGGAGCAGCUGGCCCAGCUACGCUGUGAGAUGGAGCAGCAGAGCCAGGAGUACCAGAUCUUGCUGGACGUGAAGACGCGGCUGGAGCAGGAGAUCGCCACCUACCGCCGCCUGCUGGAGGGCGAGGAUGCCCACCUCUCCUCCCAGCACGCAUCCGGCCAAUCCUAUUCUUCCCGUGAGGGUAAGGUUCCUGAGGCUCCCCGGCACUGCAGCCCCUCCUCCUGUUUCUAUGGAGUGGGGGCCGGACCCUUCUCCUCUGAGCCCCCAGCCCUCCCUUCGCCCUGCCCUGGAGUCUGCUUAGCUCUCAGACCCCUUCUCACCUCCUCUUCUCUCUCCCACAGUCUUCACCUCCUCCUCGUCCUCUUCGAGCCGUCAGACCCGGCCCAUCCUCAAGGAGCAGAGCUCAUCCAGCUUCAGCCAGGGCCAGAGCUCCCAGAACUGAGCUGCCUCUACCACAGCCUCCUGCCCACCAGCUGGCCUCACCUCCUGAAGGCCUGGGUCAGGACCCUGCUCUCCUGGUGCAGUUCCCAGCUAUCUCCCCUGCUCCUCUGCUGGUGGUGGGCUAAUAAAGCUGACUUUCUGGUUGAUGCAAACCUGUGUGAUCUCUGUUCUUGAACUGAUGGGAGGGGAGUU